CCCACCCAAGUCAUACAAGAGCAGUGCGGCACUGCAGCUAGCGCAGUUCUCACCGAGAUCCGUCACGCAGACUCAACGUGAGACAUUCCAGCCCGGACCCCAACCAUGCGUGAAUGCAUUUCAGUCCAUGUGGGGCAGGCAGGUGUCCAGAUGGGCAAUGCCUGCUGGGAGCUGUACUGCCUGGAACACGGUAUCCAGCCUGAUGGGCAAAUGCCCAGUGACAAGACCGUCGGGGGAGGAGAUGACUCCUUCACCACCUUCUUUUGUGAAACUGGAGCUGGCAAGCAUGUGCCUCGGGCUGUCUUUGUGGACCUGGAGCCCACAGUGAUCGAUGAGAUCCGAAAUGGCCCCUACAAACAACUCUUCCACCCAGAGCAGCUGAUCACGGGUAAGGAGGACGCUGCUAACAAUUAUGCUCGUGGCCACUACACCAUUGGCAAGGAGAUCAUUGACCCUGUGCUGGAUCGAAUCCGCAAACUGUCUGACCAGUGUACGGGACUCCAAGGCUUCUUGGUAUUCCAUAGCUUUGGGGGCGGCACCGGCUCCGGCUUCACCUCCCUGUUGAUGGAACGGCUCUCAGUUGACUACGGCAAGAAGUCCAAGCUGGAGUUCUCCAUCUACCCGGCGCCCCAGGUUUCCACGGCCGUGGUAGAGCCCUACAACUCCAUCCUGACCACCCACACCACCCUCGAGCACUCCGACUGUGCCUUCAUGGUGGACAAUGAGGCCAUCUAUGACAUCUGCCGCCGAAACCUGGACAUCGAACGUCCCACCUACACCAACCUCAACCGCCUCAUCAGCCAGAUCGUCUCCUCCAUCACGGCUUCUCUGCGCUUUGACGGCGCCCUGAACGUGGACCUCACGGAGUUCCAGACCAACCUGGUUCCCUACCCUCGGAUCCACUUCCCCCUGGCCACCUACGCGCCCGUCAUCUCGGCCGAGAAGGCCUACCACGAGCAGCUCUCGGUGUCCGAGAUCACCAAUGCCUGCUUUGAGCCGGCCAACCAGAUGGUGAAGUGCGACCCUCGUCAUGGCAAAUACAUGGCCUGCUGCCUCCUGUACCGUGGCGACGUGGUGCCCAAAGACGUCAAUGCUGCCAUCGCGGCCAUCAAGACCAAGCGAAGCAUCCAGUUUGUGGACUGGUGCCCCACUGGCUUCAAGGUUGGCAUCAACUACCAGCCGCCCACCGUGGUCCCUGGCGGGGACCUGGCCAAGGUGCAGCGGGCGGUGUGCAUGCUGAGCAACACGACCGCCAUUGCCGAAGCCUGGGCUCGCCUGGACCACAAGUUUGACCUGAUGUACGCCAAGAGGGCGUUCGUGCACUGGUACGUAGGUGAGGGCAUGGAAGAGGGAGAGUUCUCCGAGGCUCGGGAGGACAUGGCAGCCCUGGAGAAAGAUUACGAGGAGGUGGGCAUCGACUCCUAUGAGGAUGAGGAUGAGGGGGAAGAGUAGAGCGGCCACCUAAAGCCAUUUUACUGUUUGUUGCAAAAUCCUUUCGAAAUAAACAGAGUCUCUGUGUUUUGAAACUAAACUUGCCCCCACCCCUUGUGCUCUGCGCUCUCUUGCCACGUUUGUGAGCUGCCGCCGCCGCCACCCCUCCUCCCUGCUGCCGCCUUCCCUCCCUGCUGCCUGGUACCUUUUCCUUUCCUGUGGGCUGAAGGUAAGGACUGAUGAGGACGAUCCCUGUCCCUGCCCAGGGGCCUGGCCCCGUUUCCUUGUGUUCAAGGCCUGAGGGCCCUGAUGUUGGGCCAAAGAGGACCACAGAGUUGGACGUGUCCUGGGUGGGGGCUCCUUCCUCCACCGCAGCCAGCUUUGCCUGCUCUUGGCAGGAUGCACUCACCUCAAAGUGAGACCACGAGGCCAGUUUUGCUCCUCCGUGCGAAUGAGCUCCUGCCGCCUUCACACUGCCUCUGCGCUCUCCAGAAGACAGGAGCUUGAGCCAGAUCAUUAGCUUCCUCCCAUAGGGAGGCUCUAGCUGGGGCAGGGAGGGCUGAGUCCCGGGGUGGGGUGCCAAGCCUUCCCGGACAGGAGAGGGGCAGGGCACUGGUGCUAUCAGUGGUGUGUGUGUAUGUGUGUGUGUGUGUGUCUCCUUUGUGCCCCUGCCAUCCCUGCAUGGCUGGCUGUUCUCUCCCACUGCUUUGCCGGGGACCUGGAGCUGUGGCAUUAAAAAUCGGGUCCUCUCCCC